AUGGCCGCACCAUCCUCCAACAUCUUUGAGCCUAUUGCGACUGAUGCGCCACCGCCACAGAUCGGGCAGAGGAGCGACCAUCCGGUUCCCAGGCUGGGGGUCCAGCAGGCAGCACCUAUUUCCACCAACAAGUUCUACCAAAACUUCUUCCUCGGCACACAGGCAUCAACUACCUUCCUCCAUCCAUAUUCGGUUGCUUGGGCCAAGGGCCAAGGGGUCGCCCAGUCCUGGGGCCUGACCAUCUCUCACAUCGACGCGGACCAGCUCGCUCUGGGACCUGUCAACUCGUACGGCGCCGUCAACUACUUCAUCAACCCCAUCGGCAUCCAGUCGCUCAUCCUCUCUGCCGCGGAACUCGGGCCUGACACGACGCUCACCAGCGCCAAUCUGACAGACAUGUCGGCCACCAUCCAGCUCCAGUCUUCUGUCGCAGCCGCACCGGCGAUCGAGUUCCCCCUCACACAGGGCGCCGGCUUCGUGACCGCGGUCUACCACGGUGUCACCCCCAUAAUCCAGACAGGCGUCUUCUUCCUCAACGUGACUAAGAUCAACACACAGCCCCGGCCUGGUGUGACCAAGUACAAGAUCGCUCUCAACGACGGCAAGAUCUGGUUCUUGUACGCCACCAGCUCAGAUGGCUCGUCUCUGGACCUGCAGGUCGUGAACAACGGCCUUAUGCGCUCCAACUCGACGUUCAGCGGGACGAUUCAAGUGGCCAAGGAUCCAGAUGGUGCGGGCGAGGCGCUGUACGAUGCCGCGUGUGGUUCUUAUGCAACGGGUGUGACGGUCUCGGGUUCUACAACGAGGUCGGUUGGAACGUACACAUUUACUUUUCAACGGGCCGGGCUGGAUGGCAAUCCUCUGCUGAUGUUUGCGCUGCCGCACCAUGUGCAGUCUUUUGAUGAUACAACCAACACGUUUCUGCAGGCUGCGCUUCAGCUGCAAACGACGACAAAGGGGAUUGCGACUGCUAUCACUGCUGAUUCCUGGACGAUGGUAGAGCACAAACUUCCAGUGCACAUGGGGUUUGUGCCAUGGACUCCGAGUGUAGGGAGUCAAAAGUCAUUAAAUUCUGCGGCGCAGGCCCAGAUUCUUGAGGUUGCUCAAUCAGAGCUCAGUCAGGACAUGUCGGCGCAGACAAACCUGAAUUCCAUGUACUACAGUGGCAAGGCUUUAGCAAAGUUUGCUAUGAUACUCGUCGUGGUUAACGACAUGCUGGGCGAGACUGCCCUUGCUGCCGCCGGUCUGCAGCAGCUCAAGGAGGCCUUUUCACUGUUCACUAACAACACCCAGAUAUAUCCUCUGGUAUAUGAGUCUGCCUGGGGCGGUGUCGUCUCUUCUGCCACAUACGCAACAGGGGACUCAGGAGUAGAUUUUGGCAACACAUACUAUAACGACCAUCACUUUCACUACGGCUAUCAUGUCCUCACCGCUGCCGUGAUCGCCCACCUCGAUCCCUCCUGGCUCGCCGAGGGCCAAAAAAGCGCCUGGGUCACCGCCCUCAUCCGCGACUACGCCAACCCCAGCCCCUCCGACCCCUAUUUUCCCGUCAGCCGCAUGUUCGACUGGUACCACGGACACUCGUUCGCCCACGGUCUGUUCGAGUCCGCGGACGGGCGCGACCAGGAAUCCAGCUCCGAGGACGUCAUGGCGGCGUACGCGCUCAAGAUGUGGGGCACGGUCACAGGCGACGCCAACAUGGCCGCGCGCGGCAAUCUGAUGCUCGCCGUGCAGAGGCGGGCCAUGGGGAUGUACUACCUCUACACGCAGGACAACGACGUGCAGCCGGCAGACUUCAUCGGCAAUCGGGUCGCGGGGAUUCUUUUUGAGAACAAGAUCGACCACACAACGUACUUUGGAACGAAUAUCGAGUAUAUACAGGGCAUACACAUGCUGCCGCUGCUUCCCAGCACGGCGUACAUCCGGCGUAGGCACUUUGUGCAUGAGGAGUGGGAGCAGUACUUCUCGAACGGGGUGGCUGGUAAUGUCACGGGAGGCUGGAAGGGGAUCCUAUACGGGAACCUGGCGACGAUACGGCCGCAACACGCGUGGGAUUUCUUCAGCCAGGCGGACUUUGAUCCGAGCUGGCUGGAUGGUGGGGCGAGCUUGACGUGGUAUCUGGCCUAUUCGGCUGGUAAGUUCUCCAGUCUAUUCAUUUUUGCUUCUUUCUGA